AUGGCCGAGCCGAGGAGAUCGGCAGCGCACGGGAACGAGCCGGAGGGCCGUGGGGAGUACACCAGCGCCCAAGGGCGCAGGUGGCUGCGGAGCCAGGCGCGGCGCGAGGAGCAGAUGGCGGCGAAGGGCGCGGCGAAGGUGCAGCUGCUGCGCACGGAGCUGGAGCUGGGCCACGAG